GUUCUGGUGGCAAAACUAAACGAGCGCCCACACAUGACGACAGGUUUUCACUUCCUGUUUUUCCUAACAGCGUCAUCAUUUACCCGCGAACGUUGAACAGCCUACUUUGUUUGGCGGGAUUGAGCAGAAAAGAAGUCACCCCCAUCGUCUUCUCGGGACCAUGCAGUUUCUAAGUAGAAGAAAGAAGUUCCUCAUCAACCCUCAGACGGAGCUCUAUGGACAUCCUGUGCAGUUCUACGGCGAGCCUCCUCUGGAAAACAUCUCUCUCGCUGAAUUUGAGGCAUUUGCUGUGGAUCGACUGAAAUUGUUGAAGACUGUUGAAAAUGUGGGCGUGAGCUACCUGAAAGGGUCCAGUCAGUACUCCGAUAAACUGAGGGCUGAGUCUAAAAUGCUGAACUUUCCUUACAGACCGGACGCUGAUGACAAAAAAGCUCUGGCUGGACCAAGUGAAUAUGACAAACGAAGAAAGGACCAUAUCUCCCACUUCAUUCUAAGACUCGCCUACUGCCAAACGGAGGAUCUGAGACGGUGGUUUAUACAACAGGAAGUUGAUCUUUUCCGCUACCGCUUCAAUGCCCUGUCUUCAGAACAAAAGCUUGAAUUGCUUCACAGAAAUAAUCUGCAAUAUGACACUAUCAGUGUCGAGGAGAAGAUCGGUCUGAAGAACAAACUCAUCAACUCCAGUUACACCGUCAGUGCAAUCACUGUGGAGCAAGAGAUAUUCUACAAAGUCCCAUUUCAAGACGCCCUGGAUCUAGUGCGAGCAAGGAAGGUGUACCUCCAAGCCGGCUACGUGUACAUCCCUCAUAUGGACAUUGUCACUAUUGUUCUCAACGAUUUCCGCACAAGGCUAUCUAAAUCUCUAGCAUUGACGGCCCGCUCGCUACCAGCAGUGCAUUCAGAUGAACGCCUCCAACCGCUCCUCAACCACCUCAGUCACGCCUAUGUGGGACAGGAUUACAGCAUCCAAAAGAAUGUUGGGAAAAUUUCCUUGGAUCAAAUUGAUUCACUUUCAGGGAAGUCCUUCCCGCUCUGCAUGAGGCAGCUCCACCAGUCCCUCAGGGAGAACCACCACCUCCGCCACGGGGGGCGCAUGCAGUACGGCCUCUUCCUCAAAGGCAUCGGCCUCUCCCUGGAGCAAGCGCUGCAGUUCUGGAGGUCAGAGUUCAUAAGAGGAAAAGUGGAUGCGGACAAGUUUGACAAAGCAUAUGCCUACAGCGUCCGCCACAUGUUUGGCAAAGAAGGCAAGCGAACGGACUACACCCCCUACAGUUGCAUGAAGGUGAUUUUAUCAAACCCACCCAGCCAAGGAGACCAUCACGGCUGUCCUUUCCGUCACAGUGACCCCGAUCUGCUGAAGCAGAAGCUUCAGUUCUACAAAGUUUCUGCCAGUGGGAUCAGUCAGAUCUUGGAGCUGGUUAAAGGGAUGCACUUUCAGCUGGCCUGCCAGAAGUACUUUGAGCUGACUCACAAUAUUGAGGACGCCAAUUUCUCGCUCAAUCACCCCAACCAGUACUUUAUAGAGAGUCAGAAAGCUUUAGGAGGAGGAGGAGGCGGCAAGGAAAUAAAGCGCGAGGUGGACGCUGCACAAAGGUCGCAGGAAAAUCCGGCCACCAGAGGAUCGGCGGCGACUCAGGAGGCCGCAGCCGACGCCUCCAAAGGUGUGGUGGAGAUGACGGAGGACCUGGACUCCUACUUUCAAGAUGCCUGAUUUCUUUUUCUGCUUUUUGGGGGGGGGGGCGGCGUCUGUCAUUGCAGGGGGGGGUACAUAAUCUAUUUUCAGCUGACUCUUUAGUGACUCUACAUGACCUUCAGAAUCAAAGUGGACAUUUUUCUAUUUGACAUUUGUAUUGAAAUCAAACUUCAACGUCAGAACAAAGUUCUCUAUUGUCAUUUUUUUAUGCAAGUGACAUAGUAUUUUUCUUUUUUUCUGGUUUAAAAAAGUUUCUCUGCUUUUCCUUUAUUCUUUCAACACUAGUCUGGACUCAUGGCUUAUUUCCAGUCUCGCAGGGAUGCCGUUGUUGGGUGUGAUGACUAGAAUAUUACCCACAGGUCUCAGAAACAAGGUCAUUGUAUUUGCUGGCAGGAGGAUGGAUAAAAAUAAACUUUUUUUUUAGUUAUAUUGUGCCUCUUUGGAAUAUUGUCUCAUGUUGCGCAAAGUUGUUUAAAACGUCCUCGAGUCAAGAACUUCUUCCACCAGAGUGACAGCGCAGGCUUCUCCUCUAAUCUAAUCGGCCUUGAAUUACACGAAUAGAAGUGUUUUUUCACUAGGUCAAGGGAAUACAUUAAUUUGAAGUCAAAUUCUAAAAAAUAAAUGUGCACAUGUUGUUGGGCCUGUUUUAAAGGCUCU